AUGGUGUCCAGCACAGAUAUUGCCUACUUGCGUCGGUGUGUGGAGCUAGCCCGCGAAGCUCUUGAGGCGGGUGAUGAUCCGUUUGGGUCAGUGCUGGUAGAUGCCACCGGCAAGAUUCUCAAAGAGGACCGCAAUCGGGUUUGGACCAAGGCAGACAUCACCUUGCAUCCCGAGUUCACGCUGGCCAUUUGGGCCCAGAAGCACCUGGCCCCUGCCGACCGUGCUACUGCCACCGUCUACACUUCUGGCGAGCACUGUCCGAUGUGCUCGACUGCUCAUGCGUAUGCGGGGUUGGGACGGAUCGUCUAUGCUAGUUCGUCCGCACAGCUUGAGCAGUGGGGGACGCAGUUCGGCGUGAAAGCUGGACCGGUUGCUCCGCUCCCGAUCAAUCAGGUUGCGCCGGGUCUGAUUGUUGACGGCCCGGCUCCAGAUCUGGAUAAGGAGAUUUAUGAGCUGCAUCGAUUGAAGCAGGCUCGAACUACAGCUGAAUCAUAG